AUAUCGUGAAAUUGUGUUUUUAGUGUUAAUAACAAUUAUAUUUAUUCAACAUCCUAUUAAAGGACAACGAGAUAAUUAUGGUUAUGGUGGUAUAUCGUUACAGGCCGGUGGUCGCAUACCGAUUGGCCUUAUUACGGAUCUAAAUUCGGAAUUGCUACGCAACACCUUUGAGAAUGCCACAAAUAUUAUCAAUGCCGAAUUGACAACACAACUGGAAGUGCAGCAUGCCGAAAUAAAUUACGGAAAUUCUAUGCAAGGUGUUGAUCGUCUGUGUCGUAUGAUGCAGGGUGGCAUUGGUGGUGUAUUUGGCCCAUCCGCCUUAUCCACAGGUCAACAUUUGAUGAAUGUAUGCGACAGGAAAGAUGUACCCUACAUUAUGUCACACAUGAGUGAGGCCAAUGAGGGAUUCAAUUUACAUCCACAUCCGGCAGAUAUAGCCCAGGCUCUACAUGCUGUAAUUUCAGCAUUUGAAUGGAGUCGUUAUAUUUUUCUUUAUGAGAAUGCUGGUUAUCUCAGCAUUUUAAAUGCCCUUAUGACCAUCUACGGCAGCAAUGGCCCCGUUAUAUCCGUUUUACGUUAUGAUCUAAAUUUAAAUGGCAAUUAUAAAUCGGUUUUGAGAAGAGUUCGCAAAUCGGUGGAUAAUCGUUUAGUUGUUGUGGGUUCUUCGGAAUCGGUGGCAGAGGUUUUAAAACAGGCCCAACAAGUUGGUAUCAUGAAUGAAGAUUAUACCUAUAUUAUUGGCAAUUUGGAUUUCCACACCUUCGAUUUGGAGGAAUAUAAAUAUAGUGAUGCCAAUAUUACUGGAUUUCGCAUGUUCUCCGCGGAAAAACCUGAGGUGCAAAAUCUUAUGCGUGAAAUGGGCUAUUUACAAAAAUUGUCCGAUGAUGAACGUUACAAUGAAAUUGAUCGUGUCGAUGCUGCGGAAAUUGAUCCCGAUGAUGUAGAGACACAGAAUCGUAUUCGCCUUCGGGAAAUUGAUAAUGAAAUUAUUAGGAAUGGUUCCUGUCCCAUAACCCUGGAAAUGGCUUUACUUUAUGAUGCCGUCAUUGCUUUUGCUGAGACCACUAAAAAUAUACAAUAUGUUCCGCAACCGCUGGAUUGUAAAUUGGAUGCCGAUAAUGUGCAGGAAGAUGGGUCUACUUUUAAAAAUUACAUGAGAUCGUUGGAUUUCGACAAAAAUACCCUGACUGGACGUAUAUACUUUGAUGGAUUUCGACGUAAAGGUUACAAACUUGAUGUUAUAGAACUUCAGCCAACGGGUCUUGUAAAAAUUGGUGUUUGGGAAGAGAAUAAAAAUUUCACAUUUGAAAGGCCACCACAGCAGAGGCAAACAAUAUUGCUCGAUGACAAUUCUAUGGUUAAUAAAACCUAUGUUGUGCUGAUAUCCGUUCCCAAUCCACCCUAUGCCAGCUUGGUGGAAUCACACAAAAAAUUAAAUGGCAACAAUAUGUACCAGGGUUACGGUGUAGAUUUAAUUAAGGAAUUGGCAGAUAUUUUGGGUUUUAAUUUCACGUUGCGAAAUGGUGGCUCCGAUUAUGGUUCAUUUAAUAAGACCACAAAUACAACAACGGGAAUGUUGAAACAAAUUAUUGAUGGGGAAGCUGAUUUGGCUAUUACUGAUUUGACAAUUACCUCGGAACGUGAAGAAGUUGUAGACUUUACUAUACCGUUUAUGAAUACAGGCAUUGCCAUUUUAUAUCUAAAGCCGCAGAAAAGUGAACCCACCACCUUCUCGUUCAUGGACCCCUUCUCUAAACAAGUUUGGAAAUAUUUAGGCAUAUCAUUUCUUUCGGUGUCCUUGUGUUUCUUUAUAUUGGGUCGCCUCUCCCCAACCGAAUGGGAUAAUCCUUAUCCCUGUAUAGAAGAACCCGAAGAAUUGGAAAAUCAAUUUACCAUCAAUAGUGCCCUGUGGUUUACAACCGGUGCAUUCUUGCAGCAGGGUUCAGAAAUUGCCCCGAAGGCUCUUUCCACCCGUACCGUUGCUGCCAUCUGGUGUUUCUUUACCCUGAUUAUAGUAUCAUCAUACACGGCCAAUUUGGCCGCUUUCUUAACCAUUGAAAAUCCAACAACAGUUUUGGAAAAUGUCAAAGAUUUGGCCGAGAAUAAAGGUGGUGUGCAAUAUGGAGCGAAAAAGAAUGGAGCAACAAGGAAUUUCUUUGCGGUAAGUUGGGAGGGAUGA